GAACAGUGAAAAACGUGUUGGUGUUCUUUUUCUAAUUCACACGCGAUUGUGAAGUUCGAGAAAUUUUCUAAAAUCGAGAAAAUCCUGAAAGAAUUUAAUUUAGGUUUAAAACUAUUAGAAAAUGUUGAGAAUACCGAAGUUCGUGCCACGAUUGAUUGGUCAGCGAUUCGCGGCUGCUGAUUAUGGAAAAAUCUUGUCUAAGAACACUGUGGUGGUAGAAAAUGGAUCCGCUACGCAAUUUCGCCAUAAAUCUGGCGAAGUUAAAGGAGCAGUCAUCGGUAUAGAUUUGGGUACUACAAAUUCUUGCGUGGCUGUAAUGGAAGGUAAACAAGCAAAGGUUAUUGAAAAUGCUGAGGGCGCACGUACCACACCCUCUCAUGUUGCCUUUACCAAGGACGGUGAACGUUUGGUUGGUAUGCCAGCGAAACGCCAGGCGGUUACAAACUCCGCUAACACCUUUUAUGCGACAAAGCGUUUGAUUGGACGUCGUUUUGAUGAUCCUGAAAUUAAGAAAGAUUAAAAUUUGUCCUACAAAGUUGUGAAGGCCUCGAACGGAGACGCUUGGGUUUCCUCAACCGACGGCAAAGUGUACUCUCCUUCUCAAAUUGGAGCUUUCAUUUUGAUGAAAAUGAAAGAAACUGCUGAAGCAUAUCUCAAUACACCAGUGAAAAACGCUGUCGUUACUGUACCUGCCUAUUUCAACGAUUCACAACGUCAAGCCACUAAAGAUGCUGGCCAAAUUGCUGGCUUAAAUGUGUUACGUGUCAUCAACGAACCUACCGCUGCAGCCUUGGCCUAUGGAAUGGACAAAACCGAUGACAAGAUUAUUGCCGUUUACGAUUUAGGUGGUGGUACUUUCGAUAUAUCGAUCCUGGAAAUCCAGAAAGGUGUAUUUGAAGUAAAGUCAACCAACGGUGAUACUCUCCUCGGUGGUGAAGACUUCGAUAAUACAAUUGUUAACUACUUGGUUGCUGAAUUCAAAAAGGAUACAGGUAUCGAUAUUACCAAGGAUAACAUAGCUAUGCAACGCUUAAAGGAAGCAGCUGAGAAGGCUAAAUGUGAAUUAUCUUCUUCACAACAGACAGAUAUUAAUUUGCCCUACCUAACUAUGGAUGCUUCCGGGCCACAACAUAUGAAUUUAAAAAUGACUCGGGCUAAACUUGAAAGUCUGGUUGGUGAUUUAAUAAAACGUACAAUUCAGCCCUGUCAAAAGGCCCUCUCAGAUGCUGAGGUGUCUAAGACAGAAAUCGGUGAAGUUCUUUUGGUCGGUGGUAUGACGAGAAUGCCUAAGGUUCAACAAACUGUACAAGACUUGUUCGGUAGACAACCAUCACGUGCUGUCAAUCCUGAUGAAGCUGUAGCGGUAGGCGCUGCAGUGCAAGGUGGAGUACUUGCUGGAGAUGUUACCGAUGUCUUGUUGCUCGACGUUACGCCUUUAUCCCUGGGCAUUGAAACAUUGGGUGGAGUAUUUACUCGAUUAAUAUCUCGCAAUACGACAAUCCCGACUAAGAAAUCUCAAGUAUUCUCGACGGCUGCUGAUGGUCAGACUCAAGUGGAAAUCAAAGUGCAUCAAGGCGAGCGCGAAAUGGCAGCUGAUAACAAAUUGCUUGGUUCGUUCACAUUGGUAGGCAUUCCACCCGCACCACGUGGUGUACCCCAAAUCGAGGUGGUGUUCGACAUUGAUGCUAACGGUAUUGUUCAUGUAUCUGCCAAAGACAAGGGUACCGGUAAAGAGCAACAAAUCGUCAUUCAAUCCGGUGGUGGUUUAAGCAAGGACGAAAUUGAAAAUAUGAUUAAAAAAGCUGAGGAGUAUGCUGCUUCUGACAAAAAGAAACGUGAGCUAAUUGAAUUAGUAAACCAAGGCGAGAGCAUUGUCCACGACACAGAAACCAAAAUGGAAGAAUUCAAGAGCCAAUUGCCAGCUGAAGAGUGUGAAAAACUUAAGAAGGAAAUCGCAGAUUUGCGCACUCUUUUGGCAAACAAGGACACAGCUGAACCGGAGGAAGUUCGAAAAGCCACAAGUCAAUUGCAGCAAUCGUCUCUGAAACUUUUUGAAAUGGCUUACAAAAAGAUGUCAGCGGAACGCGAAAGUAACGCUAGUGGAAGCAGCAGUUCUGAACAAACUAAUUCCGAAGAGAAAAAGGAAGGAAAGAAUUAGAGUGUCUGCUUUAAUUGAUUAAUACUAGUGUUUAAAUUAAAUUGCGUAAAUGUUAUUAUAGUUGAAUAAUUUCAAGUGUCUAUUCUACGUUCGAAACAGCCGAUAUAUUAAAGCUCAUGCGAUUAUACUGAUCCAUAAAUAUUUUAUUGUUUAUUAUGGCAUCUUAAAAUCAAAUGAGUGCAUCUAGAAGUUGCUAUGCAAUAAGAUGUGUCCACAAGUUUAUUUGUAUGUGGUUCUUGUUUAUUUGAUAAAAUAGGGUAGUUUCUAAAAACCUAGAAUAAAGAAGAGGAGAAUAACAUCUAAUGAAUAUUCGCAUAAAAACGAAAAAACUGAAAUGGGUUAUUUUUAAGCAGUUGAUUGUUAGUGAUUUACUUUUUGUAAAACGUAAAAUUAUUUUUAUUUCCUUGUGAACUACAUUUAAUAUGAAAACAUACAUGUAUGUAUUAAUAAUAAUUAAAUAUAAAUAGUCUACAAAAUCAA